AUGUCUGAUAAAAUUAGUGAACAAGAUAAUCAACAACCACAACAACAACAAGAGGUUGUAGAAGAUCAACAACAACAACAAACAGAGAAUGUAGAGGUUGAAGGUAUUCCAAUUGAAGAUAUUCACAAAGACCCAAAUGUAGAUAAUGCUUUUGCUGAUGCUUCAAACUUUAACAUCGUCACAAAGACUGAGACAUCGCCAACCUCUGACAUCGUAAAUGACUCCAACAAGAAACUAUCAAAGCGUAUUCACUGUAGAAGAUGUGAAUGUAUUAUCAUUUUACCAAACAAUGCAUCAUUAGUAGAGAAAGAGAUUGCACUUUUAAAUCAAAAAGGAAGUGAUUCAGCAGAGCUCUUGAAAUACAUGUGGUUCCUCCCAGACAUGUUCCAAUUCGAGAAUAUAGCGUUCAGUAAAGAUGUAAAAUCACAAUAUAAAUACUUGACCUGUGCAGAGUGUGAAUCUGAAAUCAUCGGAGUUCACUAUAUUCAAUCAAAAGAAAACUAUAUUUCACAUGACAGAGUUGUUUAUAAAUAA